AUGCCCCCCGCUUCCCGCCGCCCCGGAGGGGUCGCGGAGCAGCUCGAGGAGUACCGGAGCGGCUGCGAGCUGGAGGAGGGCUGGGUGCUGGUGUGCAAGCACGCCGAGGGAGGCGACAGGCUGGUCCCCGUGGAGUCCACCGAGAGGAUCCAGCGGCAGCAGCAGCUCUUCGGCGUCGACUACAAGCCCGUGAUCAGGUGGGAGCAGGUGGUGGAUCUGACAUACUCCCUGCGCCUUGGAGCAAAACCCAAGCCCAUGGAGCAGGAUGAGGCUGCAGUGGAGAGGCUUCGGUAUGUGCCCCCAACAUGGACUUACGAGUGUGAUGAAGACCUAGUGCAUUUCUUAUAUGAUCACAUUGGGAAGGAGGAUGAGAACUUGGGCAGCGUCAAGCAGUAUGUGGACAGCAUCGACGUCUCAUCCUACACGGAGGACUUCAACGUGUCGUGUCUGACCGACAGCCACGCAGACACCUACUGGGAGAGCGACGGCUCCCAGGGCCAGCACUGGGUGCGACUCAACAUGAAGAAAGGCACCAUUGUCAAGAAGCUUCUGCUGACAGUGGAUACCACCGAUGAGAACUUCAUGCCCAAGCGGGUUGCAGUGUAUGGCGGUGAGGGGGACAACCUGAAGAAACUGAAUGAUGUCGGCAUUGAUGAGAGCUACAUUGGAGAUGUGUGUGUCCUUGAGGACAUGACGAUGCACCUGCCUGUCAUCGAGAUCCGCAUUGUGGAGUGCAGAGAUGAUGGGAUUGACGUUCGACUCCGAGGGAUCAAAAUCAAAUCCUCUCGACAGCGAGACUUGGGGCUCAGUGCCGACAUGUUCCAGCUGGCGAAUUUAGUGCGUUACCCCCGCCUGGAGGGCACAGACCCCGACCUGCUCUACCGGCGGGCCGUGCUCAUUCAGAGGUUCAUUAAGCUCCUGGACAGUGUCCUGCAUCACCUGGUGCCAGCCUGGGACCACACUGUCGGCACGUUCAGCAAGCUCAAGCAUAUCAAGCAGUUCCUGCUGCUGUCCAAGCGGCGCACGGCUCUCAUCACCCAGUGUCUGAAGGACUCGGAGACCAGCAAGCCCAACUUCAUGCCCCGGCUCUAUAUUAACCGGCGCCUGGCCAUGGAGCACCGAGACAACCCUGCUCUGGACCCCAGCUGUAAGAAUGCUGUCUUCACCCAGGUGUAUGAAGGCCUGAAACCCUCUGACAAGUUUGAAAAGCCCUUAGAUUAUAGGUGGCCGCUGCGUUAUGACCAGUGGUGGGAAUGCAAAUUCAUCGCAGAGGGCAUCAUCGACCAAGGUGGCGGUUUUCGGGACAGCUUGGCGGACAUGUCAGAGGAGCUGUGUCCUAGCUCUGCGGACACCCCCGUGCCCCUGCCCUUCUUCGUGCGCACGUCCAACCAGGGUAACAGCACUGGAGAAGCCAGGGACAUGUAUGUGCCCAAUCCCUCCUGCAAAGACUUCCCAAAAUAUGAGUGGAUUGGGCAGAUCAUGGGAGCAGCUCUGAGAGGCAAGGAGUUUCUGGUCCUGGCUCUUCCUGGCUUUGUAUGGAAGCAGUUAACAGGGGAGGAAGUCAGCUGGAGCAAAGACUUUCCUGCUGUGGACUCUGUGCUGGUGAAGCUGCUGGAGGUGAUGGAAGUCAUGGACAAAGACACAUUUGAGUUCAAGUUCGGGAAUGAGCUGACCUACACAACGGUGCUGAGCGACCAGCGCAUGGUGGAGCUGAUCCCCAACGGCAGCAGCACCGUGGUGCGCUACGAGGACCGCAAGGAGUUCAUCCGCCUGGUGCAGAAGGCCCGGCUGGAGGAGAGCAAGGAGCAGAUCAUGGCCAUGCAGGCUGGGCUGCUGAAGGUGGUACCCCAAGCUGUUCUUGACCUUCUCACCUGGCAGGAGCUGGAAAAGAAAGUCUGUGGAGACCCUGAAGUCACAGUUGAUGCCUUGAAGAAGCUCACACGAUUUGAGGACUUUGAGCCAUUGGAUACUCGGGUUCAGUACUUCUGGGAAGCACUCAACAACUUUACCAAUGAGGACCGCAGCCGCUUCCUCAGGUUUGUCACUGGCAGAAGCCGCCUUCCAGCACGGAUCUACAUCUAUCCAGACAAGCUGGGCUCUGAGACAACAGAUGCAUUGCCAGAGUCUUCCACCUGCUCCAGCACCCUCUUCUUGCCCAACUAUGCCACAGCCAAAGUGUGUGAAGAGAAGUUACGCUAUGCAGCCUAUAAUUGCGUGGCCAUCGACACAGAUAUGAGUCCAUGGGAAGAGUGAUGUUGUAACCGGACCAUCAGCACGGACAAUCGUUCAACCAAACCAUGCAAAUGGGAAGACCCCCUUUCAUCCCUAGGAUGUGUAUAUAUAAUAAAUGUGUAGGUGUG